AGUUAGAGGCGUUACUGUUCUUCCGUGGCAGUCUGGCUACUGGUUUACUUAGAAUUCUGAUCUCAGUUGAUAAAUUAUAUCUUCUUUAAUUAUCUCUAACUUAAGAAUUGCAAUUGCAAUUACCAUUGUUAAUAAGCUCAGCUCUUUUGUUUCUUUAAAUCCACAAAGCCCAUAUCAAACCUCUCAGUAUACACCUUAUGGUAAAGUUUAUGUAUCAUUAUAGGUAAUAUUUAUCAUUUAUUGAGUACUGACUUUGAGCCAGAGACUGUUCUAUAUGCUUUUUAUGAUUCUCAGUUAUUCCUCCGGUAGUCCUUUGAGAUAGGUAUCAUCCCUACCAACAUUUUGGGUGAGGACACAGACUGAGGAAGGUAAGAAUUUGCCAUGAGGUCCCAGAGCUAGUGAGUGUUAGAGCCCAUGCUGCACACUAAUCUCUGCAUUCUAGACAGCUCUCCCAGACUUACUGUAGUUUAAAAAGACGUGAAUAUUGAAGAUCAUAAGCACACCUCACCUUUGCUUUAUAUAUGACACACAAUGUGUUAUUUAAUUCUUUAAACAGUCAUCUCAACAGCUAAAUAAACUAUUACUGAUUUGGUCAGUAAUAGUUUAUUAUCAUUUACAAAUACUCUGAGCCAGAGUUUUUCAGCUUCUCAGCAAUCUCAAACUUCACUCAUGUAAAAUCCUUCAAUAUUGCCAAAUUGGAUUAAAAUGUAUUUAUUUUAUUAUCUAUUUGGUAUAUUGUUAGAAACGUCAAUGGUGAUAGUCCUUUGUUUUUACAGAGGGGCACCAGGACCACCACUGUUUUGCAGCUUCUGAAAGUGUUUCAAGGAAAAAUUCAAGUGUUGGUGGGAGCAAUGGAAGGUCACAAGGCAGACGAAGAGAUGUUAGAUAUUCUUCGACUGAACGUGGGUGGCUGUAUUUAUACAGCCAGGCGUGAGUCCUUGUGCCGUUUUAAGGACUCCAUGCUGGCAUCCAUGUUCAGUGGUCGUUUCCCUCUAAAAACAGAUGAAUCAGGGGCUUGUGUUAUUGACCGUGAUGGACAUCUAUUUAAAUACCUUUUGGAUUAUCUUCAUGGAGAAGUUCACAUUCCCACUGAUGAGCAAACUCGUGUUGCUCUACAGGAAGAGGCUGAUUACUUUGGCAUCCCUUACCCGUACAGCCUGUCUGACCACUUGGCCAAUGAAAUGGAGACAUAUUCUUUAAGGUCAAAUAUAGAACUUAAAAAGGCUUUAACAGACUUCUGUGAUUCGUAUGGUUUAGUUUGCAAUAAACCAACGGUUUGGGUUCUCCACUAUCUUAACACAUCUGGUGCAAGCUGUGAGAGUAGAAUUAUUGGUGUAUAUUCCACUAAAACUGAUGGAACAGAUGCUAUUGAUAAGCAGCUGGGAGGAAGAAUUCACAGUAAAAGCAUUUUUAAAAGAGAGGCGGGAAAUAAUGUUCAGUACAUAUGGAGCUAUUAUUCAGUAGCAGAAUUGAAGAAAAUGAUGGAUGCCUUUGAUGCCUGGGAAGGAAAAGGUGUUAGCUACUGGCGGGUGCCUCCUGAGCUGAUAGAAUGGACGGUGGAUUUCUUACUUGGAAGCCUGCGUCACAUGGCCCCAAUUCGAAAGAGGCGACUGAUAGCGUUCACUGAAGAGGAAGAAGGUGUGAACUGUAAGACCGGUCCUAAGCCCGUCAGAUUUUUGGGCCCUUCCACUAGCACCCAAAUUAAAGUCAAGAACUCGGCUUCAAUCAGGGUGUCUCCAGCUAGUGCCCUCCAGGCCUGGUCCCCGGCAAUGGCAAACCAGUCUCCAGGUGGAAUGACAGCUCAGCGCUCUGCUGGGUCAAAAGCCCCAUCCCCCUUGGGCACUGGGGUACCCGGGCAUUCCCUGGCUUCCCGGGGUACCGGGAGCGCUGAAAACGGAGCCACACACCCACUUCCGGCUAAGGUUCUGCUCUCCGACAAGAAGGCCACGCCGCACCGAGUAAUAAAACUGAAGCGGACUCCACUGUGCGCCACUGGCCCUUCCCCGCCUGCCUGCACAGCAGCGAGGCCCGCGGGGGCCCCAAAUCCGCCCAGCCCCGAAAACGGGCGGACCGAACAUGAGCAGGGCAAGACCGAUUGAUGGAAACGGUGUCCUUUGAUGUCCCGUUUGCCUCACAGAGCUUCCAGUCCGUUUGAUACGAAUAAGUGACACUGUUUGUUGAUGCAGUUGAGGUGAAAUCUUAAUAUUUCUAUUCAGGAUAAUUACGGGAAAAAUAGAUUGUGUGAAGUAGGAAUGGAGGAGGGGAGACUUUAGGUGGUUAGGGCUAUAUUUACAUCUCAUUUUCCCAACUUUUAAAUGAUAAUUUGUCAUGGACAGUUUGAAUUUCAGAUUUUUAAUAGGUUUUUUUUUUUUCAAGUAGUUAAUUGGUAUUAAGGCAACAAAACAGUACAGCAGAAUCGUCACUAGAGAAGUUUACUUUGUUGCUGAAAUAAUUAGACUCUAGACACUUUUCUAAUACUACUCAUUGAAGCCCAGGGAUAGGAGUGAGUUCCGGCUUAGAUAUUCCUGUCUGGUGAAAUACGGAGGGUGAUAUCAGUGCUUUCCUGUGCUACACCAGAGCCAAGAGGGAUUUGAGAGAAAACGUAGAUCAAGGCAAACUCCCUUCAGAUUUCUCUCAGUCUCUAAAGGCAACAUGAAAAGAAAUGAUAGGGAGGAAAAUAAGGAUAAUUUGAGAUCACUCUUUGACUCUCACUUAAUCGAACUAUUUUCUUUCCUAGAUUGGCUUUUCUUACUCCUUAUAUUAACAGAUUUAUUUAUAUAUCACAAGACGAUUUCUUGGGAUAAAAGCUAUAUAACAUGUCUUUGGAAUAAAUUGUUAAAAUAGUUUAUUUUAAUUUGAAUAGUGAAGUUUUGAAAGUACUUUGAAAAAGAAGAGUUGAAAGUUAAAUUUUGUUUUUCAGAAAUGACCAUUAAAGAGUUAUUCUGAUUACACAGUAUGAUUUUUUUAUACAUAAAAUUUCCACAUAACUUGAAUUUACUAUUUUUAAAAAGAAUAUUUUGAUUAAUCCUCUAUUUUUUCACAACUAUUGAGUUGUGUGUGUUUACUCAUACAUGUUAUGUUUUAUAAUUGGAUUACAUUUUUCUGCCUUCAGUGAGCAAAUAUGCCUUCAGUGUGUUAAAAAUAAGUUCAUAAAGCAGGGUACUUUUUUACUCAGUGCUUAUCAUUGUACUUUCAUUGCUUCGAAAGAGUAAAGUAAAUAUAUUCAAAACAUUACUUUUUACAAAAUAAAGUAAAACUUUUCCAUAAAAAGUGACAUUUUCUGUUACUGUACUUAUUCUUAAGCCUUAGAGCUCUUCAAUAGUUUGAAAACUUGUCAAUUUACAUACAUUAUCUAUUUCUGCUUACAAAAUUGCUUUCCUGUAGAGGACAUGUAUGAAAUAAUUAAACCAAUUUUGGGUAGAUAUCCAAAUACCAGCAGCCUUUCAGAAUAGGUGGCUUAUUUGGCCAGAAAAAAAGAAAGUUUAACUGAAGAGUCAUGAAUGACGUUCCCCUGUGGAAUAUAUAAAAUAUUCAGUUACAUUUGAAAAAUACUAUUAUAGAGAAUUCAGGCAUUUUGAAAAUCAAAGACCAUAGUGAAUUUUGAGAACUUCCAAUUCGGAUUUAAGUAUUGCUUGAUCUAGGAUAUUUUGAAUUGAUUCAAUAAGAAAAUUUUAUAAAUUAAUAAUGUGUAUUUUAUACAUAAUAAACAUUUAUCUGGAAAAGAAA